AUGGGCAAGUGCGUCAGGAUCCGCGGCAGCAAGCCGCCGUCGCCCGGCGAGGCGGCGGCGUACCUCACGCUGCGGAGCGGCCGCCGCGUGCCGGUGGCCGCCGCCGCCACGUGCAGCCCGCCGGGCCGGCGCCGCAGCAGCCGCGGAUCAGCCUGCCGCGGGUGCGGCGCCACGGCCACCGCCAAGCGCACGUGCGGCAGCCCCGGGCGGCGCAAGAGCGCGGAGCUACCGAGGCCGGCGUUCAGCGGCGGCGCCGGCCGGCCGGAGGAAGAGCUGCCGACGCCGCCGCAGGCGAGCCCUGUUGCCCGCGACGGCGACCGUGGAGACAGCUCCGAAGCCAACACGCCCCUCUCCGGCGAUGGCGUGGUGCAACUGAAACGCGAGCACGAGAGCAAGGCCGGCGUCGCAGGCCAGCCGUCGCCGCCGCUUGAGGCCGAGAUGGAGGCCUUCUUCGCCGCGGCGGAGCUCGCCGAGCGCCGGCGAUUCGCAGAGGCGUACAAUUACGACGUCGCCCUCGACCGCCCGUUGGAAGGCCGGUUCGAGUGGGCGCCGGUGAGCACGUGAGGGGACGGAGCAAGGGGGGCAGAACUGUCAACCCGUAGAUCGCAAGCAGGAAUGCUACUUCUUCUUCUUCUUCUUCUAGCUACCUUGGGAAAUUGGAGUUAGUCCUUGACUCUCCUGCUGAUUACUCCCUGAUCAUGUCGUUUAGAGAAUUUCACUGCUUCUCUAGUACCUCUUGUCAUCAGUAGCAAGCUAGGUAUAGUUGCCACUGAUUCAGUUCAUCGGUUUCACUGUGUACUACUGUCUCUGACAACCAUAUAGUAUGUGUAUAGGAUAAGAUGAUCCAUUGGAGGAAGCUUCUGAGCUCCCCAUGCUGAUCGGUUUCGUUCCGCCAUGACAUUCUACUCAUUUUCGCUUCAGUUCAA